UGACGAAAACAAACAUGGAGGAAUACGCUCGUGAACCCUGUCCCUGGAGGAUAGUGGAUGACUGUGGAGGGGCUUUCACCAUGGGCGCUAUAGGAGGAGGGGUGUUCCAGGCGGUCAAGGGCUUUCGUAAUGCCCCUGCAGGUGUCGGACACAGACUGAGAGGAAGUGCAAACGCAGUGAGAAUAAGAGCUCCACAGAUCGGAGGUAGCUUUGCUGUUUGGGGAGGUCUCUUCUCCACUAUCGACUGUGGUUUAGUUCGCCUGAGAGGGAAAGAGGAUCCCUGGAACUCUAUAACGAGCGGUGCGCUGACCGGGGCCAUCCUGGCAGCACGCAGUGGGCCUUUAACUAUGAUGGGCUCUGCCAUGAUGGGGGGGAUUUUGCUUGCUCUCAUCGAGGGUUUUGGGAUCCUCCUCACCAGAUAUACAGCACAGCAGUUUCAGAACCCUACUCCGUUUACAGAGGACCCCAGUCAGUUACCUCCGAAGGACGGAGGUCAGCAGCAGCAGCAGCAGCGGCAGCAGGGGGGGCAGUUUCAGUAGACAGCAACAAGGACUGAGACCAGCUGUAAACGCAGUGAGUCAGAACAGAGAGAAGGGGGGACACGAGACUUUAAAACAGGUAUCAGGAGGAGGUGGAGAUACUGGUCUCUACAGUGUUGUCAACUAGUCGCACUAUGUGCUUUUACCUCAGGGGCAAAUUACUGUGAGUUUUAGAUAUUUAUGAGUGAAUGUUUGUAUGUGAACGACAAACCUCACAUUUGCACCUCCAGCAUUUCAUGACACAUUUUCUGUAUUAACGGUUAUUCUGUCUUCACUGUUACCUUUUUUGGUUCAAUUUGGAAUUUUGAAAUGUAUAUCCAAACACGAAUUUGAUUACAUAACAUCCAGGCAGCAAUUGUAUAUCAGAGGAAUCGUUUGACAUUUUUGGAAACACACUUUUUCACUUUCUUGUCAAGAGUUAGAUAAGAAGAUCACUCUCAGGAGCCAGUUGCCAAAUAAGCUGACCAUAAAGAAUGGAAACAGGAGUAAACAGCUGGCCUUGCACUGUCCAAAGGUAAAAAAAUCCACCAAACAGUACCAGUAUAUGCCACCAAUUAACAUGUUAGAACUUGUUUAUUUAAUCCAUACAAAAACCAAAGUGUAAAAGACAAUUUGUCAUCACUGUUAGGUUGCCAGGCAACCAGUCGAGUUUGCAUCCAUCUUUUCAUGUAACUCAUGUAGGAAACGAAGAAGCGUACGUCCCAAAAUGCAAAACUAUUCCUUUAAUCUUCCAAAGAUCUUACACUUGUACGCACAAAGCAUGUUUGCUCAGUGAGGUUGCACUAUGGAGAGUGUUAUUUUGAGAAUAUGUUUCUAAGUCUUAAAUUUAUGUGUCAGCUGUGACAAUCAAUGCAAAGAACUGCGUGUGCUUUUAAUUGAUGUGUGUGCUAUAAGACGUGUCUAGGCUCAACAAAACCUCAUUCCACUCUUUGUUUGCAGUUUCUCUUAAAGGAGUACUUCACCCACAAGGUGACCAUUUGUAUAUCAAUUACCCACCCCUUGUUUUGUUGAAUUUGUGAAGAUUUCUUUGUUUUUCUUGCAUGCCUCCAACGAUUAAUGUCGAAUCCAACAACUGAGGAAAUUCUCAGUACUUUACAAGCACAUGCAUAUUCUCUAAAAUUGUACUUUUAAGAUAACUGGGCAAGCAGGUGCAUUUGAACUCUGCUCUGUACAAACCAUAGAAAUAAGAUGGGAGUAGAAUGGAUUACCAUUCAAAUAAAUGUAGCAGGUUUGUCAGAGCGAUGGCCAUUUUUGUACGUACUGUUGCCAUUGCAGUUGUUGUAGUGGGCUAUUUUCUAUAUAAAAUAACCAACUUGUGGCAAGUCAUGAACUAACUGAGUUGAGGUUUUUCAGAAGCGACCAAAUGAGAAAAGAGUAACUUAGAUUUGUGUAUGGUUGUAUUUUUCUGUUGAAGCUAAGUAGAUACAAGAACAGGUCAAAACCAGAGUUCUCAAACCAGGGAGCGUGAGACACUUAAGGGCCGCACUGACAUGUUCACACAACAAAAAAAACAUUAUUUUCAAUUAUUUUUUGUCAAAUGACCCCAGCAAAAAGUUAAAAUGUCUGAUCUACUCUCAUUCUAUUUCUGUAGUUGACAUGCUCGCUGUGGUGUGCUGCUUGAAUGUGGAAGUGAAUUGAUUACUAAAGUUUUGGUGGAAAUACAUGUGGUUUUAAAGUACCGAUCAUGAGGGGAAAAAUGAGUUUUGGAUUAUACUGCACAAGUAGUAUGAGAGUUUGUAAAAUAGUUUUUUGACAUAGUUUUGCCACUCUUAAACAAGGUCCCCUUUGACUCUAGUUCAUCAAAACAUUUCUCAGUUUUGGGGUUCGUCAUUCACCAUGGAGGCAUGCGAGAAAAACAAAUUUUCUUCACAAAUUUAGCAUAACAUGGGGUGAGUAACUGAUACACAAAGAAAACAUUGUGUGGGUAAAGUUUUCCUUUAAUAAGGUCUUGCCUCUCCUGGCAGCUUCUGUAAUUUUGAAUUUAUGUUGAAUAGUUGUCAUCUUGCGUAUUAGAUGAAUGAGCACGAAUUAUGAAAAAUACGAAAGGAUAUUUUGGCUUGAAUUACUCAUACAUGCACCUGUAGUCACUUUGAUUGCUGCAACAUUCUUCAUUCAACCAAGCACUUUUUAAACUCCAUCUCUCUGGUUUCUUAAAAUAGUAGCAUAUGUCACAGGAGAGAGAUGGUGCAGUAUGAUCCCCUUUUUUGCUGUAUAAAAAAAACUGUAUAGAAUGAAUCCUUAAUUUAUUGUGUUAAUAUAUUUAUCUUGCAAAAGCUGAUUGAAACAAUAAAAGCAUCAAAUGUCUUUUAAGGCUUGAGAUUGUGUUUUUUUAACAUGUCUCUAGCUUUAGAAAACCUUAAAUUAUGCAGUGACAUUAAAAUAAUUGCUGACAAUAUUGCACCUGCGCUCAAUCAAAGUGUUUCUAUUUACUGUGAAAUAUCGCCCCCUGUCGCCUCUCAGCCGGUACUGCACCCAGCGGCUGCUUCUGUCCAAGGUCCUGAAAUACUCUCAUACUUGAAGUAGUGACCCAUCCUAAAUUUUGUCCUAACAAUAGUUAUUAAUGUUCCUUUACAUGGUCAAAGUACAACUUUGCAGCAAAGCUCCACAGAGCCUCAGAGUCCCUCCAGAGUUUACCUGCGCCUUCUGGAAAGAUUUCCACUGUCAUCCUUUUAA